ACUCCGCUGAAGAUGGGUUCACUAUCUUCGCAGCGGGGUGUGGAAGCCAGUUCAGCUCCUGAACCCCACAAUUGCUCAACAGCCUUUUGGUGCCUGACCGGUUUCCGAAGACGGAAUCUGGACGACUAGGACAUUUUCUCUCGGUGAGCUCUUCAAACCCAGACCACGGGCAAGUAUGAAGCCUGAACACAGAACGAUAGCCACAAGACAGUGGACCAGGAUACCGUGGCCUACCACACUAGGUCUACAGCCAAGAAGAAGAGGAUGUCUCUGAGGAGGAUGAGCACACAAUCCAACCAGAAGCGAAGGAGGAGGAGGCCUUCUCCCCAGGCCCUGGGGAACAUUGUGGGCUGCAGAAUUUCUCACGGAUGGAAGGAAGGUGAUGAGCCCAUCACCCAAUGGACGGCCAUCGUUCUAGAUCAACUGCCAACAAAUCCCUCUAUCUGGUCAAGUAUGAUGGAAUUGACUGUGUCUACGGACUGGAAUUUCACAGCGAUGAGAGGAUUUUAAAGCUUAAGGUCUUGCCUCACAAAGUAGUGCCUCACAAAGUCUUUCCUCAUGUGAAAGACGCCCAUCUCGCAAGAGCCGUGGUUGGCCGAGCUGUGGAGCAUAAAUUUGAGGGCAAACAUGGCUAUAAGGACAACUGGAGGGGGGUGGUCCUAGCCCAGGUGCCGAUCAUGAAAGACUGGUUUUACAUCACAUACGAGAAAGAUCCAGCCCUUUACAUCCACCAGCUCCUGGAUGAUUACACAGAAGGUAACCUCCGUAUCAUUCCAGAGAUUCCUCCAGCAGAGGUGAAGUCAGACGUUGACAGCGACAUCUUAACAGGUCAAUGUGUGCAGUUCACCAGAGGCGACGGGUCCAAAAAGAUCGGCAAAUUCAUUUACCAAGUUCCAGGCAAGCCUUCCGUGUACUUAUCAAGUUUGAUGGCAACGUCCACAUUUACGUUUAUACUCUGGUGGAAAAGAUCUGUUAAGGUGAAAUUCCCAAAGUGGGGGGACAUAGAUGGGGAAUUUAUAGGAUUGGGGGGAAAAUGUUUUUAUGUGUUUUAGAUAAACAAGGGCCUUUGACAACCCCAGUAUCUUUUCUAGUGGAAUUUGGUUUUGCUCUAAAAUUAAAUUGUGCGAUGUGACGUGUUGUAUGUGCACACUUUGGUGGAGGAGACGGGCUGUGGUGCAUGGAACAUGGAGAGGAAGCCGGAAAGGUCAAGGCUGUGAACAGUAAGUCUCAUGUCACAUAGACUAAAACAAACAGGACUGAGCUGGUCUGGUCUUUAGGGAGAGAAAAGAACUGGAGAUGAGGCUUAGAGGAGCAGGGAUGGCACGGGGGAAAAAAGAUGGAUGUUUAGGAAGCAGUGGAGAGGGCCAGAAAUAGAUAGACUCUCUGAGGUGAAGUUUGAUGGAGAAACAGACUGUUGGGGAAAGAGCUGCAGGUAACAGGGAGGUGGUCUUGGAACUCAAGGGGAAACCCAAUAAACUGAUCCAAGCAGACUCAGAAUCAGAGAAGAUCAGGUUUUCAUUGACUAAUGAACCCUAAUGAAACCUGUUUCCAUCUGUAGAUGUAUUAUUUUUAAUUAUGUGGGUGGGGGCAGGGCAUGAACACAGAAGACCACAGAGACAAGAAUAGUCAGGUCCCCUGGAGCUGGAAUUAAAGGUGGUUGGUGGCCAUUGGACAUGAGCUCAAAGAACAAAUCGACAUCCUCUUUCAAAGCAGACGAGCUCUUGAUCCAUUGAUCAUCUCUCCAGGCCCCUAAAGUCAUCUUUUCAAAUAAAUCCAACCUUCCCAUGCAGAGAAGAGACCAGGAUGAGGGUAAGAAAGAAUAAAUUGACGGUGAUGUGGAAGAAAGACUACAAAACAAAAGAGGGAGUAGAGGACACUGAGGGACAAAGGAAUUCCAAAUGGAGUUCUCAAAAAGUGAAGCAGGAGACCCAGGAAGAACAGAAAAGGUCUAGAAUGAGUUGAACUUGGGCCGCAUCCAUAUUGGCCUCCUUGGUUCCUUAAAGAACAGCCAACCAUCACUACAGAAGGUGGAUGUGAGGGGGAGGCUUCCCCGGAGGACAUUUUAACGAGGAUAACUCAAGAGUAGUGAAUAUCAAACUCAGUUUAUAUCUAUCGUUUCCUGAAAGUAUCAUAAAGCCCAUUAUUUUGUAUGAUCAGUAAACAGUAAUUUACAAGGGAAGAUGAGGAGGCUGUGAGCUUCUGUCAGGUGUUACCUGGAUCCUGUGUUUAGCUUCCCUGAGCACGUUAGACUCUGUUGCAUCCUGUAAUAUUUUUUGAGGUCUCUUCUCAAUGCCCCUAGAUGACCACAAAGAGCUCCUGCACUUGCUUGUCCUGCCUGGAUAUCCUUCGACUGGAUGGCUUCCUACACACCUGCGGGCCCUGUUACCAUAUCUAGCCCCCGGAAGUUCCCGUCUUUUACUCACAUGUAAGCUUAUCCUCAGAAAACUCUUGAUGGUGCCUCCAAUGAAGAGGUGCUGAGCUCUUUCCUGUGCCGUUUGCCGUGACUUUAAAAUGGUUUGCGGGGGUUGGGGAUUUAGCUCAGCGGUACAGCCCUUGCCUAGGAAGUGCAAGGCCCUGGAUUUGGUCCCCAGCUCACAAAAAAAGAUCCAAAAAAUAAAAUAAAAUAAAAUAAAAUAAAAUAAAAUAAAAUAAAAUAAAAUGCUUUGUGGUUCCUGACCAUGUAGCUCUCUCCUCCUGAGAAGCCACUGUGCACUCCAUGGGGUCUCCCUGAGCCACAUCUACACUCCAAGAGUUUCUUUGGAGACAACCUUAUCUUGGACUCAUUCAUUGCUGUUUCUUCUCUAGAAUAAGAUUCUCACUGCAGGACUUGAAAAUACUUUCUAUCGUUGAUUAAUUCUGCUAUU